CUCUAGUCGGGACUACCAUGUUUGUGAGGGGGUUUGUUCUGCUGCUCCUGCUCCUGCUAGCCGCUAGCGAGGCAGAGGAGCAGAAGAAGGAGAGCGGAUGCAUGUCUGGCCAUCCGGGGAUCCCAGGUGACCCGGGGCACAAUGGCUUGCCGGGCAGAGAUGGCCGAGACGGGGCAAGAGGUGACAAGGGAGAACACGGUGACCUUGGUCUUCAUGGGGCAGCAGGGUCAGAAGGACCAAAAGGAGACAAAGGAGAACUUGGAUCUGCUGGGACGGCGGGGGCGAAAGGCCGACGCGGUGAGAACGGAGAGAGGGGGUCCCCGGGAAAGAUGGGCCCCCAAGGUGUUCAGGGGCCCGUGGGAGUCAAAGGUCAGAAAGGGGAGCUUGGGCUACCCGGGCCCCAGGGGAUCAAGGGGGAAGUCGGUCCUGAGGGGCCGCCGGGUGAGAAAGGUGCCCUGGGGUACCAAGGGGAGAAAGGGUUCAUGGGACCUAUAGGAUCGACAGGGCGACCGGGCUCCAAAGGCGAAAUGGGACCAGCUGGGCACAAAGGCAGCAUUGGUUACCGCGGGGAGAGAGGGCAGCGGGGAGAGAUGGGCGAGAAGGGCGAUGCGGGGCCCAUGCCGAACAUCCCCAAAAGCGCAUUCUCAGCAGGUCUGACUGAGAGCACCAAACUGCCGUCCUCGAAUGCACCCAUCCGUUUCGAAAGGGUCAUCUACAACAAGCAGGGCCAUUAUGAUCCCCAGAGCGGCCGCUUCACCUGUGCCUUCAGUGGCGCUUACUACUUCACCUACCACAUCACUGUGUUCUCGCGCAAUGUCAAGGUGGCACUGAUGAAGAACGGUCAGAGAAUUAUCCACACCAUGGACAACUACCAGAGCAGUGAAGACCAGGCGACGGGAGGGACAGUGCUCCACCUACAGGCUGGUGAUAAAGUGUGGCUGCAAGUCAUCGGAGGGCUCAAUGGGCUCUAUGCGGAUGAUGACGAUGAUACCAUCUUCACUGGAUUCCUUAUAUUUGCUGAUGGUGAAUGACAAUGUAAUGGCCUAUAUGGGACAUGCAAAACAAGAAAAUGAACAACACCAAAAGAGAAAAGAAUAAAAAGAAUAGAAAAACUGUAGUUAUCAACUUAACAAAAUGUUAACUCUUCGUCAGGGAAAUUAAACCAGAAAUAGGCUUUAUCAGCAAAAUAUAUUUACAGUUUGUUGUACAUUACCUGAGGCCUGCUGACACAAUUGUAUUUUUUAUUUUCAAAAUGUGCAUGAGUUGACCAAUAAAAUAAUAAUUAAAGUGAAAAA